CUUCUCAUAUGUAACGUAUCAGUGUGAACCCACUAAACAAACAGCAAUGUGCUCCAAAAUCCUCGCUUUGUGCGCCUUUGUGGCAGCAGCCCAAGCUGGCCUUAUUGCCGAGCCCCAAUACUCCCACGCUGGAGCCGUCUCAUCCCAAAGCAUCGUGCGUCACGAUGAGCAGCCCCAUCAUGCCACCAAGCUGAUCGCUGCUCCCGUCGCUAAGCUGGCCGUCGCCGCUCCCAUCGCCUACCACGCCGCCCCCGCCCCCCUGGCUUACCACGCUGCUCCUGCCCAGGCUCACUACUCCUCCGCCGGCGCUGUGUCCUCUCAGAGCAUCGUCCGCCACGAUGAGCAGCCCCAUCAUGCGACCAAGCUGAUCGCCGCUCCCGUCACUAAAGUCGCCGUGGCUGCCCCCAUCUCCUACCACGCCGCUCCCGCGCACUACGCUGCCAGCCCCGUCCACUAUGCCGCCCCUAUCACCAAGGUGCUCGCGCCUGCCCCCAAGCUAAUCGUCUCAGCCCAACAUCAGGAGGAGGAAUACGCUCACCCCAAAUACGAGUACUCUUACUCCGUGGCUGACGGCCACACCGGUGACAACAAGUCCCAGCACGAGGCCCGCGAUGGCGACGCCGUGCACGGCGAGUACUCGCUGCUGGAGGCUGACGGCUCCGUGCGUAAGGUUCAGUACUCCGCUGACGACCACAACGGCUUCAACGCGGUGGUGAGCCACUCCGCGCCUGCGCACGCAGCGCACGCGCCCGCGCUCCUCGCCCACCACUAACUCCUGCAACCGCAAUUAGACGUCAGGAACACUGAAUUGUAAAUAGUCAAUAAUAUUUAUUCUUAUGGUAAUAAACGCAAAUUGUUGAAAUAUAAAA